AAAACCGAGCACAGCUGAUCGCCGACACGCGUGUCUGACAGGAUUAAGCGACACGCGACAAUUUGAUUCAGCGCGAGCGUCCAACAAGGCUUUGAAAACUAUCAAUUUAGAAGUAAAAUGAACGGAUCAAAUCGUACAGGUCCGAAUAUAUUGAUCACAGGAACGCCAGGCGUUGGGAAAAGCACGAUGUGUCGUCUGCUCGCGGAAAGAUCAGGCCUAAUGUGGCUAGAAGUGAGCAAGUUGGCUAUAGAAAACAAAUGCUUGGAGGAGUACGACGAGGUUUAUCGAUGCCCUGUUCUGGACGAGGAUAAGCUACUGGAUGGCAUGGAACCGGCGAUGCAGGAGGGUGGUAAAAUCGUGGAUUACCACGGUGCAGAAUUUUUCCCAGAACGUUGGUUUGAUAUUGUGUUCGUGUUGCGAGCAGACAACACGAUAUUAUAUGACAGAUUGGUGGCGAGGGGUUACACUGGUAAGAAACUUGAAGACAACAUUGAUUGUGAGAUAUUUCAGACGAUAUUAGAGGAAGCCAAGGCCUCCUAUAAGGAUGAGAUAGUUCACGAACUGCAGAGUAACACACCUGAAGAAAUGGAGCAAAAUGUAAACAGGAUAUGCCAGUGGCUCGAGCAGUGGAAAAUUGACAAUAAAUAAAUCGAAAUUUUUGUAUAACAUAAUAAUCGGUUUCCCCCAACGUACUAAUUGUUGCCGCUGUAGCAAUGAUUUAACUAGCAAUUAGUGUCUUACAAUUUUAAUCACAAUCAUUAGAGCUCUUGGCUCUGAUCACAAUUUUUCUACUUCUGUAUAUGCUAUGUACACAUCUAAACUUACACAGUUACUAACGACAUAUCAGCUUUUUUGCAAUGAAGUUGACCCU